CAGUUGUGGGUGACGUAAGUCGGUGACAUCCGAGGACAAGUUGCGGCGUCCCUUCUGCGGUCAACCCCCAUCACAUGGCAUUAAUCGCCAUCGUGUCGAGGGUCGUCAUCGCCGCCGCCGCCAGUGAAGUCGAAACCAGUGUCUCACGAGCACACAAACAACACUGGUUCGGCCGCUGCACCGCGUCCGUCGCGACCGUCGUGUAUUAUAAUAAUAUAUUGUUAAAAUUGUCAACAAUUAAUAAAGUGUUUUCGAGCCUCAUCGUUCGUUGCCAGCUUGUCUUCUUACUCUCGUUAUUAUAAAUCAUACAGCCGUAUUAUUUACACUCCGAGCGAUACAAACAAUGCAAUUGUAAAAAUCAUUAUUUGAAUAAUACCGCGUCAUCGAAUUCGUGUCGAAAUAACAUCCAGGUACGACGGACAAUAUUAAAUAGUGUGUAUACCUGGCAGUGAUCCGAUGGUGCCAGUCGUCGUCUCAGCCGUCGCGCUCAGUGGCCUGCAACAGCAUCAACAGCGAUGAACACGGGUGUCCGCCGGUGUCCACCGAAUGGAUGACGUCGUUUUCGGCGAGGACGCGGAAUUCGGUUUUAGUUAUAACGAAACGAUGAUGACUUGACGCCAGAAAACGUCUACGGAAGACGCCGAUCUGUUGCAGUCCGCACAAUUGGACCCGGCCGCCGUUCCCACAGGGGAGGAGACGGUAUGGCCGGGGGUUGAGUGGGCGUCGGUGAGGGGUUCGAUGGAUUGGUGCGCAGGUGGUGAAGAUCUGCUGGGCGACCCAACGCUGCUGGUGGCUGCGGGAAUGCUACACGGGCCAACGCAAUUCUGCACAGACACUUGCUGUACGCCCGGACUGGAGCAGCCCUGCAACGAACAAGCAGUUCAGUUCCAGCAGCCAGCGAUCGUUACAGUAGGCGGAUCAUACAGCAAGCCGUGCGGAGACAUGGCCGACGUACUAAUGUCUCUCAAACACACAGUGCCAACUCCACAAUCCUCAGUAGACGAACAACAUCAACACGACCAGGCGUAUGGGCUGUCCACAAAUCACAACGAUGAUUCGCAACCACUGGUCGACUAUGGCGGUUCGUCGUACGGCGAUCAGACGUGCUGGACCACGCUCGGAGGUGGCCACCAGCAGCAACAGGUCCAACAGCACCAAUUCCCCAGCAUGAGUGUGAACGUCAGCAUGAACAUGACUAUGCACGGGUACGCUCCGAUACACGGGGACGCUCAGUUCGGAUGUCAACCGGUCGGGUGGACUCUGCCAGCGUCUCCGUCGCCGGUGCAUCACCACCACCACCACCAUCAUGGCCCGGUGCACCACCACCAAGGCCUGUUGAGUCCAUUGGUGUCCAUGGGCACUAGUGGUUACCCUUCGGCAGCCACGUAUUCGUUCACGGCCGACUUUCGGCCACAGGACCCGAUAACGUCCCAACUACCACCGCCGCCGUUUGCGUGCAACAUACAGCAGGGUGUGCCAGUGCAGUCGUCGUCCACGUCUGCGGCAAUGAUCGACGACGAUUGCAAGGACCUGAAACCGUGCGCCGAAAUCCUAAUGUCGGUGAGCGGCUGCGGUAUGGGCGGCGCCGAGUGUUCUCCAGUCGGGUCGGUGACCAUUGGUGAGGAUGGCUGUCGUCCAAACAUGUGCCGGAUAUGCGGCAAGACGUACGCCCGUCCCAGCACGCUCAAGACCCACCUGCGCACUCACUCGGGUGAAAAACCGUACCGGUGCGACGACUGCAACAAGUCGUUCAGCCAGGCGGCCAACCUGACGGCUCACGUGCGCACCCAUUCCGGCGAAAAGCCAUUCCGGUGUCAGAUAUGCGACCGGCGGUUCUCGCAGUCGUCAUCCGUCACGACCCACAUGCGCACCCACUCGGGCGAGCGGCCCUACCGAUGCCGGCUGUGCAAGAAGGCGUUCAGCGACUCGUCCACGCUCACCAAACACCUGAGGAUACACUCAGGCGAGAAGCCGUACCAGUGUAAGCUGUGCCUACUCCGGUUCUCCCAGUCUGGAAACUUAAACAGGCACAUGCGCGUCCACAGUGGUAUGAACGGUGCCGACAUCAUGUUGCCUGUAUGACGGUGGAGGACAGUCAGUACCACCACCGCCAACCCCUCAGCCUGCCACCACAGUAAUCACCUCCAUCACCAUCGCUACGUCGACUGCUGUUGGUAAGGGAAACCCCUUCGAGCCAAAAGAAAAUAAACUCUUGACUACAAAAUCAUUCAGCCAACUUCGAACAAGAACAGAUCAGCUUAUAAACCAACCACCGACAACUCCACUCGGAGUCAUCUGUAGACAACCGUACAGUUCAUUUUCGGUACAUAUAAAAUAGGUAGUAGGUACCGCUAUUGCAGAUGUAUAUAUAUAAAACUAUAUACAAUAUAAUAUCAUCACGCACACAUGUCAUUGUCAUGUACAUCUUUACUUGCACGGAGUCAAUAUUUUUAAUCGCCUAUAUUAUGUUUUCGGUCCGAAUAACGACCUGUAAGUAUUUUUAUUUUGUUUUCGAAAACCGAUAACUAUACAGCCGUACACCACGGCGGUGAUGGUUUAUACGUACGCAUAGGGGAAUUAUACGUAAAGCUAUACAAACGAUGUACAAAUAAAAGGUACCUACGCCGUUUUCUUGUCCGUACGUUGAUAAUAUAUCACCCCUGAGAAAUAUAACACCAAUUCCCGUUGUUUUUUGUUAUUCACGAAUUCGUACCAUAUUUAGUUCAAUUUAUUUUGUAGAGGUUUUUGUUUUUCACCAUUGACUGAUGAUCUAGGUACGCGCCUUGCAGUAUUGUAAUGACAGUGUGUUAGACAGUCUUCAAUUUUUUUUAAUGUAGUUUUCGUUCUUCGUAUGAUACAACUGAUUUUUAGCACAAUACUAAUAGAUAUAUAUAUAUAGACGACAGGAGCCACCCCACAUCGACGAGUGUACCACCGAAAUGAACAUGAUAAUGACGACUUGAAGAAAGUCGUGUUUACACUUCACAGAGCAUAUAUAUAUAUAGAAUAUAGGUGUAGGUAGAGUGAAUUGUAUCGUCUCAUUUCUUAAUUUAGUAUUUACAUAUAAUUCAAGCACAUCCGCAACAAGUAUUUGUACCAUUCCUAAUUUUAUGAAAUUAAUUUCUGACCUUAAUCUGAACCACUUAGAUGUACGUACUUAAAUUUAUUCAAAUUUGAGUUCAAUAUAAUUUAACCAUGUACCCAAACUCCAAGUCCAGAAUCGGAUCAAACGUUGACAUCAACUUUCUAUUAAUAAUACAUUAUUUAGUUGUGCCAAACUAAAAUAAUUAUUUAGCUAUCUGACAUACUUACACCAUCAUGUUAUUUUAUUAUCGACGAUGAUGAUACUUUAAAACUAUACUCAAUGCUCCUAUAAUAGAAAAUAAUUUAUUUUCAGAGUAUAACGCAUGGUUCAAUAACUACACUUAGUGGAACAAUACAAA